UGAUUCCACAGCCUGUUGCCAGCUUCGUACACCGCUGGGGAGGGCGUUAUUCACAGGCCGCUCAACAGGCAAGAACCAAGUCAUGGGCCCCUAUCAGGAUUGCACAAAAGUCACUUCGUGCGCUGCAGCAUUGAGCGGGCUGAAACUGUCAACCAAGCACGACAAUGAGCUUCAUCAAACGCGAGCUGACCGGCCCAGCUCCUGGAGAUUAUGUGUCGGACCCGAUGAGCCACAGCGCCUGGCAUGCGCUUCCGCAGCGGUCCCGUGUCUUAAUGGAGCCAGAGGUUCUGCUACCACAACAGCCGAUAAAUGCUACGAGGCAUCCAGCGCACAGUACGGUGGAGAAACGCUGCAGCUACAACUUUCCUGAUAGCACUGACGCUGAUCGUUGGAACUUCAACUAUUGUUGGGGCCCCAGCGACGUCAGUGACUCAGAGAGCAUUGCUGGGCGAAUCGCCACUAAAUCUCCUGGUGUCGAGCGAACGAGUGCGCGCCCUCUGGAAUGUGAUAUUGUCCUACAGACAGCUCAGUCGAGGAAUGCAGUGGCCUCGAAAAAGCCGGCAGCAGGCCAUAUACAGUCCGAACCACUUGCAAGGCAAGACUCGGCAGUGGCGUGCGGGCCAUACCUGCACGCUCCUGUCAUGCCACAUGGCGAAGCCGAAUCAAGGGACAAAACUUUUGGAGCAAAUCGGCUACCCAAGAAUCAAAGUCCGGCGUCAAAUUCGGUCAAAAGGCACGCCACGGAGAUGUCGCAAGACGUGGUGGAUCGACUAUUUUCGCCUCGGAAGAACCCACGAUGUGAUGUCCAGGAAGGCCACAGGCGAGCUUUCUCAUUAGAUUCGAGACACUUUGCAAAAUCUGGCUCCGGACGAGAAAUUCCCACUGGCAACACCGAUUAUAGGAAACUGGCGACAAGUAACUCCUGGCCUCAAAAAGCCGGGUGUGACAACUCGUGGCGCUUUCCUACUAUCGAUGAAACAGAGACGACCCAACGGAUAGCUUCAAUCGCGUGUCAACCCCACUUGCGCGCUCAUACCGACGCUCAGCACGUAUCGCAGAUGGCCACGGUCCAGGGCGCACCAGUCCCGUUCGUCAUUGGUGCAAAAGCGAGCCCACCUGAUUGCCAAGCUUGGAUCUUGGACCAGCCUGAACGGUGCAAAGACGAAGACCAAGAUGUACCCUUCGACCCGCCGUCGACGUUGUACCUGCCAGAUUCUGAGCUAGAAUGCCAUGAGAGUGGAGAAAGCGACACUCCGUGUAAUGGAAUUCUGUCCAUUCGCGCAUAUCUCGCAGCCAAAGGAUCUGGACCAAAAUACACCACCGCGACGUGGGAAGAUGCUGCAGACAUGUUAGAAGAGCUUGUUCGCUCCGAUUUCCCUUCAUCAAUACGUGGCAGGAGCUUUUACUUGCAUCAACUCAUUGGUCUCAUUCCACCUGCCGCGAAGGAAGCAUACCAGGAGGUUGACUUGAUCGCAGUCGAUUCGUGGCUCUUCCCCUAUCUGAUUGACGACAAUGAUGCAUUGGAGCUUGACGCUCUGCUAGAAGUCCUGUUGUUGAUUUGCAUGGGCUUAUGUGAUCUUGGACUUACGGUAUUCCAGCUCGCUUGUUUCAUAGCCAGCUUGGUCCGUAGCCUUGCCGCGAUCUCGGACAACCUUCGCUUGCCGGAUGCCUAUACGCAUGCCGCGCCCACGCCCUCUUCUUUGUGGUCUUCUGGUAAUGGCAGUAAUCUACAAGAACAUGCUGGGAACAGCAACAACAAUGCUUCUUCAUCUCAACGCCCUGACGAGGGAGACACUGGCGACCGGGGCACAGGAGGGAAGCCCAAUGGGAAGCGCAAAUUCUCCGGGGGCCAGGAUCGCGGUGAUGAGCACUUCGAAGGUAACGAGCCUGGACCAGAAGGCAACGCUGGGGAAGAGUUCGCCGGGAAGCUCAAUGUGGAAAUCCCGUGUGUCCACGAUAGUUGCACAGCGACCUAUCAGUAUAUAUCUGGCGUCAUACGUUGCCUAAAGAAGCAUAAGAUCAGAGUCUGCCCUAAAUGCUGGUGCAAAUUCGACGACGAUGAAUCGCUCCAGAGCCACAGGUACUCCCAGGGGAUUGGCACAAAGCAGCAAACGAUGACUUCCAUCUGCGAAGAAAACUGUGUAUCGCUCUGUGAUACGAACACGGACAUCGAGACUUUGCGCUCAGCAGAAGCUAUCAGGAGUCAACGCCAUAGACUUGCCAAAGGCUGCCUCAAACAAAAAUGCCCGGAGUCACGGGCUGCCCAAUGGCGUUAUCUUUACGCACUGACGUACCCGAGCUGUGAUGAUGUGCCAAAUCUUGUCUUGAAACGCAAAAAGCCGAAGCUGAAGUCGAUCGAAGAAGAGCUUGCCCCAACUCAUCUCCACUCGUCUCCUAAUAGCACCACCGCCUUGCGUGCUUUGCAGCUCGAAAUUAGCGCACUGCGACUCGAGCGAGAACACUUCAUCGUUCUUCUGAAAAUGAGCUCUUCCCUUCUCGCCGGGGAUAACAGUGAAUUCGCGAUGAUUUUGAAGAGGAGCAUCGAUGAGAAAGUGUCCGGCCACGCAGGGAGCAAUGAAACUCGUCAGAUUCACGGCAAUGACGAAUUCGCUGCGCAUUUGCCAGCAAUGCCCCUGACGCCCUCGUCCUACGUUCCCCAUGGUCUACAACCCUCUGGGGGCACCGGGACAUCUGACCCAUUUCCGACUCAGAAUAUCCAGAGUACAGCCUCGUCGUCCGCAUUUAACCGACGCCCGCUUACCGGAUCAUCAAUGUUGGAAAGCCAGCCUGUCCAACGAAUGCAAGCUGCGGCUGCGCGCUACCAGCAGCAAGUUGCGCCUCCAAUCUAUGGAUCACAGGGCGUUCAAGUUGCUAUGCAUCCGCCACAACCACAACUAUUCGGCGGGUGGCUCCCGUCUUCAAAUCUCACGAAUUACGACGCACGACAAUUUGGCAGCAACGAGCAAGGACUCACCGGCUAUACGCAACCGUGGGGACAGAUGCCGUCCCAGAACCGCAUUGAGCAUAUGGCUUAUGAUCGUCCGCAACCCGAUCAUAGAAGCCAACAGCAGCUCAACUUUGAUAUGGAUGCGCAGCAUGGCAUAAAUAUGCACUCCUAUCCUCGUAGCGAACCCUUCAACUCUGGCCCUUCACCACUCGGGCACAGUAAUCAACAGGCACGAGUCCUCGACAUGGGCGCGCAGCAAGGAGUUCAAACGCAGCCGUUGAACCUGAACAACUAUCCUCCAUUCGAUGGGCCCGGCCAGACCCUUCCAGAAAAUCAGCAGCUCCCUUACAGUUGAAACUCCAUUGAGGCGCACACUAUCCUUCGCGCAUUGGGAAGCUCGAAACUUUGUCCGUUUGCGAUGUUCGCUUUGGCGGCCCAUAGAUUAGAAGAUAGAACUAUAGCACGAGAUACGCACCAUGUCUAGAGGAAGG